GGGGGGACACAGACAAAGUGGGAAAGAGAAUUGAUUUCGGUUUAUGAAUGGCACUGACAUGGAGGAAAUUCCGUUUCAGAAAGUCAAAACCAGGAGGAAGAAAGGCCACUGUCCCCCUGGAUCCCCUUUAAAUGCUAUCGCCUGCGAGGACGAAUUUGAUUGCAAAGAGCUGGAAUCUCUUUUCCAGAAUUACAACCUGAAAUUGGAGCAGACCUCGACUUUAAAAGCACUGGCUGUUUUGAUCAUAAUGACUUCAACUUUGGCCCUGGUGGAACUGAUGUCUGGCCCCAGCUUGACCAUUUCCAAAGGGUCCCAUCCAGUGCACUGUAUUAUCUUCGUGUCACUUUUCAUCGUCACCAAUGUUAAGUACUUGCAGGUGACCCAGCUGCAGCAAAUCGUCAAGCUGACCUUGCUCUUCAGCUUUACUUUUUCUUUCCUGUGCUGUCCCUUUUCACUCGGAGCUUAUGGUUUGGAGCCACCGACCUCCCCAGAGCAGGGGAUGUGGCAGCUAAUGUUAGUGACAUUUGUCGCUUAUUCCUUACUACCAGUGCGGACCUUACUGGCCACAGUAUUUGGGCUUAUGGUAUCUGUAUCUCAUAUCAUUGUCAGCGCAACAUCUGUCACUGCCAAAAGACAACCACUAUGGAGAACACUUGUAGCCAAUGCUGUCCUUUUUGCCAGUGUAAAUCUGUCUGGAGUGUUUGUGAGGAUUCUGACAGAAAGAGCUCAGAGAAAAGCCUUUCUUCAGGCCAGAAACUGCAUAGAGGACAGGCUGAGGUUGGAGGACGAGAAUGAGAAACAGGAGCGACUUCUAAUGAGCCUUCUGCCCAGAAAUGUGGCAAUGGAGAUGAAGGAAGACUUUUUAAAACCUCCUGAAAGGAUUUUUCACAAGAUAUAUAUUCAGAGGCAUGACAAUGUCAGCAUCUUGUUUGCAGAUAUUGUGGGCUUCACAAGCCUAGCCUCUCAGUGCACAGCCCAGGAAUUGGUGAAACUUUUAAAUGAACUCUUUGGAAAGUUUGAUGAGUUAGCCACUGAAAAUCACUGCAGGAGAAUCAAGAUCCUUGGGGAUUGCUAUUACUGUGUUUCUGGACUGACCCAACCAAAAACCGAUCAUGCUCACUGCUGUGUGGAAAUGGGAUUGGAUAUGAUUGAUACCAUCACGUCUGUAGCUGAAGCCACGGAGGUGGACCUGAACAUGAGAGUUGGACUUCACACAGGAAGGGUGCUUUGUGGGGUACUUGGCCUCCGCAAAUGGCAGUAUGAUGUCUGGUCCAAUGAUGUGACCUUAGCAAAUGUAAUGGAAGCUGGUGGUUUACCUGGGAAGGUUCACAUUACAAAGACCACCCUGGAGUGCCUCAAUGGAGACUAUGAAGUAGAACCUGGAUAUGGCCAUGAGAGAAAUAGUUUUCUACAGAAGCAUAACAUUGAAACCUUUUUUAUUGUGCCAUCUCAUCGACGGAAGAUAUUCCCUGGAUUAAUCCUCUCAGACAUAAAACCUGCCAAAAAGAUGAAAUUCAAAACCGUUUGCUACUUACUUGUUCAGCUCAUGCACUGCCGAAAGAUGUUCAAAGCAGAGAUUCCCUUUUCUAACGUUAUGACUUGUGACGAUGAUGACAAGAGAAGGGCGCUCAGAACAACUUCUGAAAAACUAAGAAAUCGCACUUCCUUUUCUACCAAUGUAAUACACAACACCCCUGGCACAAGGGUAAACCGAUAUAUCAGCCGACUCAUAGAGGCACGACAGACUGAGUCAGAGAUGGCAGAUUUACAUUUCAUCACAUUAAUGUACAAACAUGCUGAGCGGGAGCAGAAAUAUCAUCAGCUUCACGAUGAAUACUUCACCAGUGCAGUAAUUCUCGCCCUGAUCCUCGCUGCCUUAUUUGGCCUUGUCUACCUUCUAAUAAUACCACAGAAUACAGCUGUUCUUGUCCUCCUGGUAUUCUGCAUAUGCUUCCUAGUUGCUUGUAUUAUGUAUCUGCAUGUCACUAGAGUACAGUGUUUUCCAGGGUGCCUGACCAUACAAAUUAGAACAAUUUUGUGUGUGUUCAUAGUGGUCUUAAUUUACGCAGUGGCCCAAGGAUGCCUGGUUGGCUGUAUGCCACAGAUUUGGAACAACAACUCCAGCAGUGCUAUAGUGAUCAUCAACUCCAAUGGAGUGAAUAAAACAACGGCAGAGCUGCCAUGUGAUACAGCCCACUAUGCCUUUCUCUCGUGUGUCACUGGGACUCUAACCCUUGCAAUAUUUCUACGUGUUUCCUCAUUGGCAAAAAUGAUCCUGCUCUUCCUUGUCACUAUUUUGUACAUAGUUAUUCUUGAAAUCAGUGGAUUCAGAAAAUCACUGGGGGGAGGCUCAUUUUACUUACGAGGAUAUGAACCCAUUUUAGCAAUUUUGCUGUUUUCCUGUGCUUUGGCACUUCACUCCAGACAACUGGACCUCAAGUUACGUCUGGACUACCUCUGGGCUGUACAGGCAGAAGAGGAGAGAGACGACAUGGAAAGAGUAAAGCUUGACAACAAAAGGAUUUUAUUUAACCUACUCCCUGCACACGUUGCACAGCACUUCCUGAUGUCCAACCCAAGGAAUAUGGAUCUUUACUACCAAUCGUAUUCCCAAGUGGGUGUGAUGUUUGCUUCCAUUCCCAAUUUCAAUGAUUUCUACAUUGAGCUGGACGGCAAUAACAUGGGUGUGGAAUGCUUACGCCUGUUAAAUGAAAUCAUUGCUGAUUUUGAUGAGCUGAUGGACAAAGAAUGUUACACGGAUAUCGAAAAGAUUAAAACUAUUGGCAGCACCUACAUGGCAGCAGUGGGGUUAGUGCCUACAACUGGAUCCAAGGCCAAAAAGUCAAUCUACACUCAUCUAAGCACAGUGGCAGAUUUUGCUAUAGAGAUGUUUAAUGUACUAGAUGAAAUCAACUACCAGUCAUAUAAUGACUUUGUCUUAAGAGUUGGUAUCAAUGUUGGACCUGUAGUGGCAGGAGUCAUUGGGGCCAGGAGACCACAAUAUGACAUCUGGGGAAACACUGUUAAUGUAGCUAGCAGAAUGGACAGCACUGGAGUUCAAGGAAAAAUACAAAUAACUGAAGAUGUGUUUCAAAUACUCAAGAAGUGCGACUAUGAGUUUGUGUGUCGGGGGAAGGUCAGCGUGAAAGGAAAAGGAGAAAUGCUGACAUAUUUCCUGGAAGGAAAAUCCAAUGGUCCUAACCAACAGACCCGGUCAGUGAGUCUUGAAAGGAAAAAGUACCCUUAUGGGAGAGCCAACAUUCAAACAAAGUUGGGCACUAACUGUCCUUCAGUAUCGUCCGUAGCAAGCUUUACAGUGAAAGCUGGCCUUGGAACCAUUCAGGCCUCUACUGCACUCACAAACCAGACUGUGCAUUGCCUUCCAUCUGUGCCAGCUGCUAAGGAAGCAUGAAAAUAUGCCAUUUUGGUCAAGAACAGGUUUUGCUUACAAGAGAGGAACAUUCAGCAGACUAUAAAAUAAAUCUAUGAAAAGGCCAACUCAAUACAAAUUUUCAAUUCAGUUAUGCCUGAAUUCUCACCAGAAGGUCUUGGGUAACAGCACAACCAAGGAUCACUGCAAUCCUACCAAAGAGAACUUUGGGUUCCACUAAAAAGAACUUUUGAAAAGGUUACAAGGGCUAACACUUUGUUAGGAUAGGUCCUAAUUUGAGGUUUGAAAGUGCUUAUAGAAAUUUCAGAUACUUUGUACACUCUUAAUGUGCUUUUUCUUCUGUUACCCAAACUGGAUGGACCCACGUUUCAUGUGAACAAUAAACCCUUCCAGUAAAGCAUCAGAGAAUAAAAUAUUCAAAUAUACCUAAAUUAGUUUAAUGGUAUAUAACAACAAAAGUCAAUCUUACUUAAAGAGUAAGUAGUAGAGUUCCAAAAAAUAUAGUUACACGUCCCCACGUGUUGCUACAACUGUUUAAAUAAUGUACCUGUAAUUUUUAUUUUCAUUGUUAACAUUCUGACAACUUUUUACACUUAUAACUUUAAAAGCUCUUUUCAAAAUGACCGCUCUUUUCUUUUAUUGCUCUACCUGCAGUGAUUUAGAGGACAAAUCUGAAAUCCCAGUGCACUAGAGCGGACAUUUUGAAAAAGACAUUAAAGUGCUAAAAGUUGUCAAGAUGUACUUUAUUUAAACAGUGGCAGCAAGACAUGGGGAUGUGUAACGCUUUAUUUUUCAGAACCCCGCUGCUUAUUCUUUAAGAGUGCAAAACAUCUUCCUUUUAUGUUAAUAGAUGAUUAGCCCGCAUGCUUCCAGCUGGACAAACCAAAUUCAAAAUGUUCUAUUAAGUGGAAGAGAAUGGGACUGGCUUAAUCAACACACUUUUAUAUUUUUAUGAACUUCACAUGAUUCACUUUGUGUAAUACCCCAAGCCAGGAAAAAUCAAAUGAGUAUAAAAUGUUCACUGCAGUUCAUUGAGUUCUAAUAUGUAUUUUGA